AUGGAUUCCCGCGUUUGGCAUCCUGCCUUCUGAUUGGUCCUUUCCUUUGUCGACGAUGUUUUACCCCCACCAAUGAGAACGAUCGCUGUGCUGAUACUCUGCGACUGCUCGUUGGUCAGUAACUGACUACUAAUCAGGGAGUCAGGGAGAUCAGAGCUUCGAGGAUACAUUUCUCGUUAAUUUUACCGGUUCCAUUUUUAAAAGAGUGUUGGUGACAGUUCUAAAAUUGUUCGUUUGCCAUUCUUUUUCGAUAACAAGCCGAUCGUAAGAUCUUCCAGCAGCGGAAACACCCAUCGAAGACAACUUUAUUGACGAGUUACGAAUCGAAGUUCAAGAGGCGUCGAAAAGAGAGCAGUGUCAGCUAAAAGGAGAGCCGAGAAGAGAGGUCGAGGAAGAAAGGUAAUCGGGCACCAGACAAGAUGCCUGCUCCGACAUCAGCUGCGGGUGCGGUGGAGGGUGGUCCACCUCGUACCGAAUUGCAAGAAUUACAGCUGAAGGCCGAUCAAACUACAGAUGAGUCUCUGGAGAGUACAAGGCGUAUGCUGGCAUUAUGCGAGGAGAGCAAGGAGGCUGGCAUCCGUACUCUGGUUGCACUCGACGACCAGGGAGAACAACUGGACAGAAUCGAGGAGGGUAUGGACCAGAUCAACGCCGACAUGCGCGAGGCCGAGAAAAAUCUCACUGGAAUGGAAAAAUGCUGCGGUCUCUGCGUUCUUCCAUGCAACAAGAGCGCAAGCUUCAAGGAAGACGAAGGGACCUGGAAGGGCAACGAUGACGGUAAGGUGGUUAACAACCAGCCUCAACGGGUGAUGGACGAUCGCAACGGACUCGGCCCUCAGGGCGGCUAUAUCGCCAAGAUCACGAACGACGCUCGUGAAACGGAGAUGGAGGAGAACAUGGGACAGGUGAACACGAUGAUCGGUAAUCUGAGAAACAUGGCGAUUGACAUGGGCAGCGAAUUGGAAAAUCAAAACCGGCAGAUUGACAGGAUCAAUCGCAAGGGCGAAUCGAACGAGACGAGGAUAAAGGUGGCCAACGAGCGAGCCCAUCAGCUACUCAAGUAAGGCCACUCUCGACCACCUGCACCCCGUCGGCCACCAACAGCACCAAUACAACCAUCACUACUAUUCACCAUCACUAUCACUACCUACAGUUACAACAACAACUACUACUACAACUACAAUAGCAACAACAGCCAAGCGUCUACAAUAAAACCAGAACCAACACUUACAGACACACUCUCAAUUUACUUACUCGUGCUCAUUGUACUUUACGUGAUUUUUUCCGAUUCUUUUAAUUUUCAAGUAAGACUUAAUUUAUACAUCGAAUCACACGGUAGAAUUCAUAGCAGAGACGAGUUUAUAAAAUUAGACGAUUCGUUGAGACGGCUAGAGAAAGAUUCUUAGCGUACGUUCAGUUCCGUCCCUGUUUCGAUCUUUGGUUUAUCCUUUUAAUUAGUUGCUUUUCUUCUAGCGAAUGUUAGCGAGAUCGGCAAUUUUUGUCCGAUAGAAUUGUACGUUGAGAUCUCGAUGAUCACAUUGUUGAAUAGUUUAUUCGCGGUUAGUCGUAUUAGAUUGUUGCUCGAAAGAGAAAGCACGUUAGAUUCUAAGAGAUCGAUCAAAUGUACCACUUUGUGCUUGUGCCUUUUGUUUUCGAGGAACGUCAGAAGUAAAUUCUAUUUGAAUACAUACUGUUCGUGCGUUCUUCCGUUUAACACCAUCCAAAUAAGAUAACGAGUUUUAGAUUCUCGACACACCACGAUACACGGCUUCUUUCGUUUACGUUCGUUUCACGAUUUUACAUCCAUUUCCCUGGGCGGUUCUUCGACGAGUUCCCACGAACGUAUAUAUACGAAAAUACCGUCUUUAAUCCUUAAAGGGGCAAAUUCUCUCCGUAGACGUAGAAGUUUUAAACAUAAAACAGGAGUGACAAAAAUGCACCCGAUAUCGGCUCGUUGUUAACACGUUCUGUGCCGUAUAAAUAGAUAUAUGGGUUCAAUAGAAUGUUACAUUUUCAUCGGCUGGGAUACCAAGGGUGGAAAAUGCUUUGGGUCGGGGAGUGUCACCGGUGUGCGUCACAAUCAUGGGAAAAUAUCGACGGUAUGAAAUCGUGAACAACAUCGGAUUCAGAAAAUUGUAAUUAUCCUUUCAUUUUGUUUCCCCUUUCGAUUUAAUAUUUAGUUACAUUUUAAGAAUUUUCUGUGACUAUCGGUCACCUAUAUAGCACAGAACGUAACAGAAAAAGGAAAGAUAAAUAAAAUACGAGUAAAAAAGUACAGAAUUUCUCGUUUCGAUUGCACGUUUAUCCAAAUUCUUCCACUAUCGUGAUAGCGUUCACGCUUUUAACCCUUUUGAAAAUGCUAAUUGUCUUUACGAAGUCAUUGAGAGUUCCAACAAUUUCAUUAUAGCGUAUUACUUUAGUUCUAACUCGCAGCAAAGGGUUAAAAGUGUGCGCCUGUUUAAGGGUUAAAGAUUAGCCGCAGAUUAUCGAUGAAAGAAGCAUAUUACGAAGAAGGAAGGAGACAACGUCAGUUGUCGACGGGUAGCACACACACACGCUGUAAUUCUUUGGAUCGUUACAUCUAUACACUCGUUCACAUACGACGUACAGUGGUUGGAUAAGAUAAUGGAGCGUUGAAUGUUAAUAAAAACCACCGUAUCUACUAAAGCAUAUUCUUGGAACGAAUUCGAUCAAACUUUGCCAAGUAUCCACCAGAAUUGUACAUCAUACUUGUUGACGAGCAUUUAUAACUUAUCUGUUAUCGACAAGUGGAUUAUUGUAAAUUAAAGAGAUAGUUUUGAAUAGUUAAAUUCUCGAUCGUCUAGAACAGAAGUGAACGCAAACUUGCCCGUAUGCGUAGCUCGUGUGACAACCUUGUUUUCGGGCUCGCGUUCGAUCCGCUACGAGUAUUGAGAAACAACGUAAACGGUUCGAUGCGAGUGAUACGGUGUAGAUGAAACAUUGCAGAACAGUGUAGACGCGAUUGUGUAAUUGGAAUAGCGUAGAAUGGGACGAUGGUAUUUGAAUACAGGUGGGACGGUAUGAACGGAAUGAUGGGGAUCAGGUGUAUUCGGAUUGUACAGUCUCCAGAAAUCGAAGACUGGGAAGUGCCUACUACCAAUGUAGUCCAUCGUUGUGAUCACGGGCUGACGCAUACGCUUGUGCCCGCCUUACUAUUUGCUGUUCGCGUCUGGUGUAGAGUCGAGAAAUUAACUCUGUAUGUUCAAGACAACUCGAUAUCGGGGAUGACGACUAUGAACAGUCGUCGGACACGAGAAUUACACAUACUUCUUUGUCCAGUUUUCAAAAAUAAUCAGAAAUUGACAUUCGA